CAGUUAUCGUCUUCGAGAAGAUAUAUUUUUCACUGUGAAACCUGAGCCGACGUUCGAAAAUGUUCCAGAGCGCGCUGGCCGGGCAUGCGGGCUGAGGUCCGCGGCGGCGCACCCCCAGUGACGGGUCCGCCGCCCCCGCCGCCGCCGCAUUACUACGCCUCGGCCUCCGCCUCCGCCGCCCACGGCUCGCCCUCCGCCUGCCGCUGCUGUUGCCGCGCCGGCGCCGCCUCCAGGACGGCGGGUAGCGGCCGGCACGCCGCCAGGGGGCGACGCGGUCGCGGGGGCGCAGCGGCCUCCUGGUGCUGCUGCUGCGUCGUCACCGCCGCCCCCACCGCCGCCGCCACCCCCGUCGCCGCCUCCGCUGCCGGUGCUACCUCUGCGCUCACUUCGGCUGCCAUCUGUGUACUGGUGCUGGGCUACACGCUUCUGGGAGCCGUGACGUUCAUGGCCCUGGAGGGCGGGCUGUCGUCGCCGCAGCAGCCGCCGCAGCCGCCGGCGUCGCCGUCCAAGCACGCCGCGGGAGUCGACGACGACAUCCGCUCGCGCACCGUCGAGAAGCUCUGGUCCAUCACCGAGGACCUCAACAUCCUCUACAAGGACAACUGGACGCGCCUCGCCGCGCAGGAGGUGCUCAAGUUCCAGGAUACUCUGGUGCGGAACCUGCGCGGAGGCGGCGUGCUGCGGCCGGGGGGCGGCGGGGGCGGAGCGGCCGGGGGCGGCGCCUACGGCUACGGCUACGGCGGCCACCACCACCGCUGGUCCUUCUCCUCGUCCUUCCUCUACUCGCUCACGCUCAUCACCACCAUCGGGUACGGCAGCGUGUCGCCGCGGACUCCGUGGGGGAAGGUGGUGACGAUCGUGUACGCGCUGGUGGGCAUCCCGCUGAUGCUGGUCUACCUGUCGACCGUGGGCGACGUGCUGGCGCGCAGCUUCCGCCGGCUGUACGGCCGCCUCUGCGGGCUGGGCGGCGGGGGCGGCGGGGGCGCCGCCGGCGUCGGCGUCGGCGUCGACUACCCGCACAAGGCCGUCAACAGCAUCGCCGCCGACGGCAAACUGCUCUACCCGCACCACAGGCACAGCGCGGACAGCGACGACUUCUGCAAGUCGGUGGUGCUGGACUGCGGCGGCGAGGGCAUCGCGGCGGGCGCGUCGCCGCUGGAGGCGCCGCUGCCGCCCCCGCAGCCCGCCCCCGCCCCCGCCGCCCGCGUGCCCGUCUCGCUCUGCCUCUGCAUCGUCGUCGCGUACGUGUGCGCCGGCGCGCUGCUGUUCAACCGGCUGGAGAACUGGACCUUCCUGGAGGGCUCCUUCUUCUGCUUCACCAGCCUGGGCACCAUCGGCUUCGGCGACCUGGUGCCGGGCGGGCUCGACGGCACCGCCCACCAGCAGCUCAGCGUCAUCGCCAGCUCCGCCUACAUCCUCGUCGGCAUGGCGCUCGUCGCCAUGUGCUUCAACCUCGUACAGCCGCACCUGGUGGAGUACUUCGUGCCGCGCAGCGUCAGCGAGUUCAACCUGGCGGGUGUGGUGCCGCCGCCGCCGCAGCACGCAGCCGCCCUCGCCGCCCCCGCGACGCCCACGCCCGCACCACGGCCCUCCUCCGCCGCCUCCGUGCUGCGCGGCUCGUCGACGUCUGCGUCGCGCGGCUGCGAGGCGCGCUCGCGCGAGAAGAUGGUGACAUUCGAAGACGACCCCACCGUCACGCCGGCGCGCAAGGCGCUCGCCCUGGAGGACGUCUUCAUGUGACGCCGCCGGCCCACGUUCGGCGCGGUCCUGCGCAGGCGCAUCCUCUGAUUCCAGCAGGAGUGUGGCUGUAUUUUUGUGUAUACCAAGCAGCAGUGCACAUUAUGCUACUGUGAGGAAUUGUUCCCAAUAGGUGAAUGCCCAUAAUUUAAAACAAAUGAUGAUUCAGACUCUAAGCAUGCAUGUAUUCAACCAUUUCCGACACAUUAAUAUCUCACUAAAUUAUCACUACGCACUCCAAAGUGAAAUGUGAUUUAAACAAGACUCCUGUAACACUGUAUUGUCUCAGGUUCGAUAUGAAAAAUUUAAAACUCCACAUCAUGAGGGGAAAGCUACAGUCUACAUAAAAAAUGAAGAUUUGUUUAUAGGGAUGGUGGGUAUUUCAAGAACAGUGCUAAUUAAUGCCAAGAGCAAAAAUACGUCAUCUUUUAAAUUCUACUGGUGCUGUUACUUUUGUAGUGAAUACUGUAUGUUAUAUUUCUAUUUUGUGUGGUGGUUCAUGUCCACAAAGGUUCCUCAUGUCUAACAGAUCUGGGCCUAAAAGGAGAAUUCACUUGACCUAUGUGUACUAUAAGGAAUUGUUGUGUGGUUUUUGAUAAUUAGUAUGAAAGUGGGUAAUAUGACAAAAAAAGAAAUAAGCAUUAGGUGAAAGACAGUGCACAUAUUUAUCAUUUUAUGGUAAAACAUCUGUCCAGGUACUUAAAUUUUAUGUGCAUAUUGAUUUCACAUGUGAAUGUAUCACUGUCAA